AUGGUGACGGAAUUCCUGCAGCACGAUUUUUCAGAGCUCCGGGAGGUGCAGCUGUUCCAUGCUGCACUGUUUCUCCUGGUCUACCUGGCGGCCCCGACGGGGAAUCUCAUCAUCGCCUCCAUCACCGCCCUCGACUGGAACCUGGCCAUCCAUGACCUCUACCUCAUCACUGUCACUGUCCCCAACUCCGUCCUCAACUUCUUGACCAACCGCAACUCCAUCUUCUCGGGUUGUGCUGCUCAGGUCUUCCUGGUGGUCCUGUUCGGCGGUUCAGAGUUUUUCAUCCUCUCCGCAAUGUCCUGCUACCGCUAUGUGGCCAUCUGCCACCCCUUGUACUAUGGUGUCAUAAUGGACCAAGGGGCCUCUAUAAAGAUGGCUGCCACUUCAUGGCUUAGCGGGGGGCUGUGUGGAAUCUUGUUUUCAUCUCCAACCUCCUCUCCGUCCUUCUGUGGGCCCAACGUCUUCCAGGAGUUAUUCUGUGAUGUCCCCUCCCUGUUGAAGAUCUCCUGCUCCGAGGACCGUGCCGCCAUUGAUGUAUGUGUGACUAGCAGGGUGGUGUUCACUUUCAUCUGCUUUGUCUCCAUCGUCAUCUUGGACUUCUUUAUCUACGGGGAUGGAGCCCGUCUGGACAGCAGGUCAGCAUCCAUAGGAGAGCGGAGAGUGGCUGAAGGCUCCUAG